AUGGUUUCUGAUUAUGACGUUGGUACUCGUUGUUGGUAUCCUGAUGAGAAAUACGGAUGGAUUGGUACAACUGUCAAAUCUAAUGUAAAGGAGGGAAAUAAGCAUUUGAUAGAGUUAGUUUCUGACAACGACGAUUCUACUGUCUUCAAAUUUGAAGCGGACAAUUUAAGCGAAGACAAUGAUAAAUUACCUCCUUUACGGAACCCUCCUAUUUUGGAGGCCGCUGAAGAUUUAACGAGCUUGUCUUAUUUGAAUGAACCUGCUGUUUUGCAUGCGAUUAAAGUCCGUUACUCUCAACUCAAUAUUUACACUUAUUCUGGUAUCGUUUUGAUUGCAACUAAUCCUUUCCAGAGAGUAGACCAGCUUUAUUCACAAGAUAUAAUUCAGGCUUAUGCCGCGAAGAGAAGAGGUGAAUUGGAUCCACAUUUAUUCGCAAUAGCAGAAGAUGCCUACCGCUGUAUGAAAAUGGAUGGGAAAAAUCAGACGAUAGUUGUGAGUGGUGAGUCAGGUGCUGGUAAGACUGUUAGUGCAAAGUAUAUUAUGAGGUAUUUUGCAUCAGUAGAUGAGGAAUCUGAAUUGGAGACAAAUAUUGGGACCGACCAUAAGUCAGAUAUGUCUGACGUAGAAAAACAAAUUUUGGCCACUAAUCCCAUAAUGGAAGCCUUCGGAAAUGCUAAGACCACUAGAAAUGAUAAUUCUUCUAGAUUUGGUAAAUAUUUGGAAAUUCUAUUUGAUAAAUCUACGUCAAUCAUUGGUGCUAGAACAAGAACAUAUUUAUUGGAGAGAUCUAGAUUGGUUUUUCAACCAUCGACGGAAAGAAACUAUCAUAUAUUUUACCAAAUGUUAGCAGGAAUGCUGGAAGCUGACAAAGAUAAGUUGAGCUUAAAGACUGCUGAUGAUUAUCUUUACACAAACCAGGGAGGGCAAUCAAAAAUUGAAGGAGUUGAUGAUUUGGAAGAUUUUAACGCGACAAAAGAAGCUAUGACUUUAAUUGGCAUAGAUGACUCCAAUCAAUUUGAAAUCUACAGAAUAUUAGCUGCUCUUUUACACAUUGGUAACAUCGAAAUAGCACCGUCGCGAAAUGAUGCACGUUUAUCUUCGGAUGAGCCAAAUUUAGUCAAAGCGUGUGACUUAUUGGGACUUGAUGCUAUGAACUUUACCAAAUGGUGUAUCAAAAGACAGAUCACAACUAGAUCAGAGAAAAUUGUCAGUAAUUUGAAUCACUCCCAAGCGAUCGUGGCCAGAGAUUCUUUCGCUAAGUUUAUAUAUGCUGCCUUAUUUGACUGGUUGGUCGACUACAUUAACUCCGAUUUAUGUCCCCCAGCUGUGAGUGAAAAGAUUUCUUCUUUCAUCGGAGUUUUGGAUAUAUAUGGGUUUGAGCAUUUUGAAAAGAAUUCGUUUGAGCAGUUUUGCAUCAAUUAUGCCAAUGAAAAAUUGCAACAGGAAUUUAAUCAACAUGUUUUCAAACUAGAACAAGAAGAAUAUGUGAAGGAAGAAAUUGAGUGGUCUUUCAUUGACUUUGCUGACAACCAGCCAUGCAUCAAUUUGAUUGAAAAUAAAUUGGGAGUUUUAUCAUUGUUGGAUGAGGAAUCGCGAUUACCAGCAGGGAAUGACAAUUCAUGGAUUCAAAAAAUGUACCAAACACUAGACAAGGAGCCAACAAAUAAGGUCUUCAAAAAACCAAGAUUUGGACAGAAUAAAUUCAUCGUUAGUCACUAUGCUCUUGAUGUUACAUAUGACAUUGAUGGUUUUAUCGAAAAGAAUAGAGAUACAGUGGGAGAAGGUCAUAUAGAAGUUUUGAAGAAUUCUUCGAAUGAGCUCUUACAAUCCGUUUUGGCUAUUAUUGAAAAGAAUAGUGCUGCCUUGGAAGCCUCAAAGCCAGCUAGCAAUUCAAGAGUCAAAUCAGUUGCUACCAAAAAACCAACUUUAGGGUCGAUGUUCAAGAACUCUUUGAUUGAGUUGAUGAAAACUAUCGAUUCGACCAAUGUACAUUACAUCAGAUGUAUAAAGCCAAAUGAGCACAAAAAAGCGUGGGAAUUCGAUUCCUUAAUGGUUUUAUCCCAGUUACGUGCUUGUGGUGUUUUAGAAACUAUUAGAAUAUCUUGUGCUGGGUUCCCAUCCCGGUGGUCUUACGUUGAAUUUGCUGAUAGGUAUCAUAUCUUGGUCUCUUCAAGUCUUUGGAUACCGGUCAUGAGUGGUGAUACUACCCAGGAAUCGGUAACUGACUUAUGUAAUAAGAUACUAUCAACUAACAUAAGUGACAAGGCCAAAUAUCAGUUGGGUAAUACUAAAAUAUUCUUCAAGGCAGGUAUGUUAGCACAUUUAGAGAAAUUGAGAACAGAAAAACUUUAUAAAUCUGCUGUUAUGAUUCAGAAGAAUAUGAGAAGGCGUUACUGGAGGCACAAAUAUUUGGCUAUCAGAGAGUCACACAUCAAGCUUCAAGCGUUGGUUCGUGGUGUCAUUAGAAGAGCCUUGAUAAAGAGGGAGGCGGAAAACAAUGCUGCUACAAAGAUUCAAACGGCAGUAAGAGGAUAUCUCGUGAGAAAGAGAGUCAACGAUACUCGUAAUUCCAUCGUUGUUUUACAGAGAUCCAUUAGAGGUUUGCAAGCACGUAGGAACUAUAACAAGUUGAGAACCGAAAAAUCUGCUGUCGUACUUCAAAAAUCUUGGAGAGGGCAUGCUGUACGAAAUGAAUAUAAUAAGAAACGUCAAUCCGCGAUUUUGUUGCAAUCGCAUGUUAGAAGGAAAAUGGCUGUUAAGGAGUACAAGCAACUAAAGGUAGACGCUAAAUCUGUGAAUCGGUUGCAAGAAGCUUCUUAUAGAUUGGAAAAUAAAGUUAUCGAAUUGACUCAGUCAUUAACUUCUAAAAUUCAAGACAACAAGAAGUUGGUCAAUGAGAUAGCAAAUUUAAAAAAUUUGCUCGAUCAGUCUAAUAAUGCACACGAAAUUUUGAAAUCUAGAGAACUCGAAUUCAAUGAGAAAUUUGAUUCACAAAACAACGAUCAUCAAAGAGAAAUUGCAAAUUUGAACAAAGAAUUAGAUGUUAUUAAAUCUGAAUACGCUUCGGCUGAAAAGAAAAUCGAGCAAUUGUCUCAGGAGCAAGCAGGAUUGAGGCAGGAUGUUCAAAGAAAUAUUGAAGAAUUGAACCGUGCUAAGGAUGCUUUAGUCAAACGUGACACAAUAGAAGUUGAUUUGAAAUCUCAUAUUGAGCAGCUCAAGUCAGAGCUUGCGACUUUGCAAUCUCAACAGCAGAGAGGAAUGGUAAAUAGCUCUAGAAAUGUCAGCGGAAAGCGUCAUAGUAGCGCUUUGGCUUGGAACAAUCCAUCCUCAUAUGAGCAGUCUAAUGGUAAUAGACCUGUUUCAGUCAUUGCUGUUUCAAAUGAUGACGAAGCAAGCGCUGACGAUAUCAAUGAUGAGUUGUUCAGAUUAUUAAGAGAUUCAAGACAAUUGCACAGGGAAAUAGUAGAAGGCUUAUUGAAGGGAUUGAAGAUACCUCCUGCUGGAGUAGCUGCAGACUUGAGCAGAAAGGAAGUCUUAUUCCCAGCGAGAAUAAUUAUCAUUAUACUAUCUGAUAUGUGGAGGUUGGGUUUAACUAAAGAAAGUGAAGAGUUUUUGGGAGAAGUUUUAGCGGCAAUUCAACAAAUUGUGUCAACAUUAAAAGAUGACGACGUUAUUCCCAAUGGUGCCUUUUGGUUAUCUAAUACUCACGAGUUAUAUUCUUUCGUAUCUUAUGCGCAGCAAACCAUCAUCGCUAAUGAUACUCUUUCACAUGAAAUGAGCGAGGAAGAAUUCGAUGAGUAUUUGAAACUAGUUGCUGUUGUCAAAGAAGAUUUUGAAUCUCUCUCUUAUAACAUAUACAAUAUGUGGAUGAAAAAGAUGGAAAAGGACUUAGAGAAAAAAGCGGUCUCGGCUGUUGUAUUGUCUCAGUCCUUGCCCGGAUUCAUGGCUCCUGAAAGUUCUCCAUUUUUAGCCAAGGUUUUCUCACCUGGUGUGCAAUAUAAAAUGGAUGAUAUUUUGAGCUUUUUUAACUCAGUUUAUUGGUCGAUGAAAUCAUAUUUUAUUGAAAAUGAUGUUAUGAAUGAAGUGAUUAUAGAAUUGUUGAGAUUUGUGGAUGCAUUAUGUUUCAAUGAUUUAAUAAUGAGACGCAAUUUUUUGUCGUGGAAAAGAGGUUUGCAAUUAAAUUAUAAUGUAACUAGGUUAGAAGAAUGGUGUAAAGGUCAUGAGAUUCAAGAAGGCUCUGGAUAUUUAAGUCAUUUGCUUCAGGCUGCUAAGUUAUUACAAUUAAGAAAAAAUACCCCUGACGACAUUGAGAUCAUCUAUGAAAUUUGCUAUGCAUUGAAACCAAUCCAGAUUCAAAAAUUAAUAUCUCAGUACUACGUGGCAGAUUAUGAGACACCCAUCGCACCUAAUGUCUUACAAGCUGUCGCCGAUAGGGUGAAAGCAAAUGAUGGGGCUGCUAAUGAUGAUCUAUUUGAAGUGGUGUCAACUGAUGGACACUUCAAUGAUCCAUUUAGAACCGUUGCUUUGAGACCUUUUUCAAGAGUGGAAGCAUAUGUUCCAGCAUGGUUGAAUUUGCCAGUCAUUAGAAGAAUUGUAGAAUUAGUUGCUAAGAAUGCAUCAGUUCAAGAUUUUACAAAUUUAGAGGAAAAUGGUUCAGAAAUCACCACUAACGGUGCUGCUAUCCAGGCAUAG